AUGGCACCAAAAAAAAUUUUAAUGAUUGUUGGCGAUUUCGUCGAAGAUUAUGAAGUAAUGGUUCCUUAUCAAGCUUUACUUAUGAUAGGUCAUCAAGUCGAUGUUGUAUGUCCAGAUAAAAAAGCAAAAGAAACUGUAGCAACUGCUGUACAUGAUUUUGAACAAUAUCAAACAUAUACAGAAAAACGUGGUCACAACUUUACACUUAAUGCCACAUUUUCGUCAGUUAAAGCUAAAGAUUAUGAUGCAUUAAUUGUACCUGGUGGACGUGCACCUGAAUACAUUCGAUUAGAUAAAAGAGUUCGUGAUCUUGUACGUGAAUUUGAUAGCAGUAAAAAACCUAUUGCAAGUAUUUGUCAUGGUUUACAAGUGCUCAUAGCAGCUGGUGUUGUGACAGGCAGACGAGUUACAGGAUAUAAAGCAAUUGGACCUGAUCUUACAUUAGCUGGUGCAACUUAUGUUGAAGUCGAACCAACAGAAGUAGUUGUUGAUGGAAAUUUAGUUACAUCACCAGCUUGGCCUGGUCAUCCAAAAUGGUUGGCAGAAUUUCUUAAAUUACUCGGCACAAUGAUUACUUUAUAA